AUGGAUGAAUUUAUUGAUCUACCAAAAAAUUUACUUCAGAAAUUACUCGAUAGUCCGGGAUUAUCACAAAAAUUAUGUAAUCAAGAUACUACAAAUAAAAUUGAAAGUAUAUUAAACGAAUAUUUAUUAAAUGUUAGGGAUAUGCAAUCAAAUUCAACGACAACGAAGAAUGUAUUACAGGGACAAUCUCAUAUUUAUUCAUUUUUAUUUGAUUGUUUUGUUGAUUUGGAAUUAAUUUCGUCUUCAAAAUUUGACGCCACUGGCAAUCAGCUGCCUAAGAUAAAAAUGAAAAAAUUGUUGACAACUGAAAUCUUAUCAAAAUUGUAUCAGAAUUUGAAAUGUUGUGAAGAAAGUAUUUCCCUUUUUCAAUUACUUUCGUCUUCUCGGCAUGAUGGCAGUGGUAAUGAUUUGUUAAAUCAAAUAAAAAAUUUUUUAAAUGAAUAUCCUGAAUAUAAAAACAAAUUUGGGAUUUAUGGCACGACAAUUUUAUAUGCAGCAGCAGAAAAUGGAAAUUUAGAAAUAAUUAAGUAUUUAAUUGAGAAUGUCAAGUGUGAAUUGAAUUUGCAAAAUCCUCAAGUAAUUUUACCAAAUGGAAACGAAUUAUUAUCGAAUGGAAAUACACCAUUGCACGCUGCUUGUUAUUUUGAACAUUUGGAUAUUGUUAAAUAUUUUUUAGAAUAUCAAAAUGUCGAUUUAAGUUUAAAAAAUUCGUCCGGUCAAACACCGCAAAUGAUAGUGGAAUUAAAUAAAAAUCAUCUAAUUUUACUGGAUUUGGAACAAUUUUUAAAGAUGAGUGAAAUGUUUUACAUUAUUUUGAAUGAGUCAAGUAAUUUGGAUGAAGAAUACAAAGAAAUUAUUACAAAAUUUAUUCUCAAGGAUAGUGAGUCGAUUCAAGAAAUUAUUGAGCAGAAAUUUCCUGGUGUUGAAAAUGAAAAGCAGGCUCUAGUGGCUAUUUCGAAUAUUGAACAGCAAGGCUGGAUUACAUUUGCCAUUCUCAAAGUUAGUAAAGAAUUUUUUGUAUUUUUUGUCAAAGAUGAAUCUUCUUCUUCGUUUUGUUCGUAUGAAAGUAAAAAGAAUCAAAUAAUGAAAAUAAUAGAAGAGAAACGUAAAAAUAAUUUCUCAAUUCAAGUAAUUGAGAAUAGAAAUCGAGAAGAAAAUGACGAGAUUAGUAAUACUCUUGGCUUUGCUUUAGCUUUGAAUAAAAUGAAAGUUAUUAUCGAAUUUUUAAAAGAUGAAAAAAUUAAAAAAGAAACAUAUAAAAAGAAAUUUGAAGAAAUUAAUUUUUCUAUUCACGCUAAUGAUGGUGGUGAUGCUGCUAACAAUAGACGUCGAGAGAUUCUUUUUAAUUUUGAAAAAUCAUUUGUUGAACAAGGACUUGAUGAAACGAGUAUAGGGAAAGUAACGUUAGAAAUGAUUUUGGAUGCAUUAAGAAAUGUCAUGAAAAAUGAUAAAAAAUAUUUGUUACAAGAAAAUCAAUUAAUCAAAUUAGCAAAUUUAUUGCCAAAAAGAAAUUUUUCACGAUUAGAUGGCGAUAAAAUUGAUCUAAAAGAAAUCAUCAUCAAAAUUCUUCUAGAAUUUAAAAAUAGAGGACAAGUAAUUAACAAUCGAAUCGUAGAAACAAAUUUACAAAAUUAUUAUGAGAGUAAUAAAAGCUAUUUAGUUGAGGUAGAAAAAUUUGAUAAAAUUCUUCAUCGAGAUUUUCGAGACAAUGAAAUCAAAGGUUGUCUCAUUCUUGCAUUAAAUGAUCAAAAAGAAUUUUUAUUUUCUAUUGGAAAAUUAAUUCCAAAUUUGAAAUAUUUUGAUGAAUUUAUUCAAUUGUUGGACGAUCAUAAUCAGAAAAGACAAGAAUUGGAAAUAGAGAAAAUAAAGUUGAAUAGGAAAUUAGACAUUUUGAAUUUAGAAGAAGAGAAAAACAAUGAGAAAGAAAUAAAACAACGUAAAGAAUUAAUUGAUAUCAGGUUUAAGAUUAGUGAAAUUCAAAAACAGUUUGAUUAUUGUCUUGCUAAAUCUGAAAUUAGUCAAUCAGUCAAUAUUGAUGAUUUGAUUGUUUUGUUAGGAGAGAAUCUCACUGAUGAGUACGCAUUUUCCCAAGAAACGAUAAACAAACUAAUCGAAGUUGGGAAAAGAACAGAAGAAAAUGAAGAAUUAGCAUCGGCUUUAAUUAAAAUUUUGAAUUUUAAUAAAAGCGAGAAAAUUCCGUUGGAUAAAAAUCGUAAUAGAAAAGAAAUCGAGCAAGUGUUAACUAAACUUUUAUCUCAAAUUUCACAAUCUGACAAGAGUGUGGAAAUAAUUGUCAAUCUUCGUAAAGAAUUUUUAAUAACUCUAAAUCAAAAUUCAAAUUUAUUAAAAUUUCUUCAUCAAAUUUUGAUUGAAAAUCAAAAUUUAAAAUACAGAACACAGGCAUUAGAGAUUUUGAAAUUGUCAAAAUUUUAUCCAAACAAUUUGGAAUAUAUUGAACGAACUGUUAGCUUAGAGGGGAAAUGUUCUCAAAAUGAUCCAACGAUUGUUGACGAUUGCUUAACGCAAGUAAAAAGUGGGAAUAAAUUAACCUUGAAUUUAUUUCAAAAGUUAAUACAAGAUUUUUCUACUCAUAUCGAAAUGAUUGGAGAAAUAAUUAAAGAAAUUGUUGAACAUGAUGUGCAGAAAUUACCAGAAUUAUUGAUUCAAAAAUUUCAAGAACAUGUGAAGUCAUCACCUCUCGUUUCUACUUUGUCUGAUAAGAAAAAUCGAACAAAAACCAUGAUCAGUAUUUGUAAAUCGUUGAUAAAAGGUAAAUAUUUGAUUGAUUUGAAUGAAAUUCAACCAAAUAUUGGAGAUUUGUUGUUAAUCGAUGGAGAUGAAAAUUUAAGAGAUGAAAUUUUGGAAAUGGUUUUUACAAAAUUUACUAAUGGAGAUGAGAUUGGACAAGAAAUAAUUGAGAAAAUCAAAUCGUUGGCAGUAAAAAAUGAAUAUGCAGAAAAUAUAAUCAAAUUUAUUGAAAACAGUUCCAUUGGCGAUGAUAUUGCCACUUUAAAAAAUCCAAGAAAAGAUUUGACAGAACGAAAACAAGCAUUGGAUAAGAUUGUGACACCAUCAAUAGCAGCCAUAAAAGUAUUAGAAUCUCUUAUUAUAUAUGAUCCUGAUUUAAGAGCAGGCUCUUUUAAAUCAUUGGUCAAAUUAUUGCCAAAUGAUUAUCGUCAAGUAAAAGGUUUUGAAAUUGAUUUGAAUGUAAUCGCAAAGGCGAUUUAUGACGAUGAAAAUAUUUCUAUCGAAGAUAUUUCGACAUUGGUAUAUAAGAAUAAGAGCGGUGGAGAUUUGCCAGCUAUUCUACCUACAAUUUUUCGUCGAAUUUGUGAUGAUCAACAAAUUGCGGCAUUGAAUUUACUAAAUGAAAUUUCGUGUUUUGAGCAACAACAAGGAAAUGAGCUUGUCGAAUAUUUAUUGAAUUUAGCAGUGAGUACUACUGAGAAUCAAAUUAGAUCUCAGGCAAUCACAAUGAUAGAGAAUUGUAUAAAAUAUAAUAAAAAUCUAGCGAAUAUUGAAAUUACAAAAAAGAAAGUUGAUAAUGAUGGAACAAUAAAAGAAAUCCAAUCUUCGUUAGCUGAUGAGUUGAAAAAGCUUAAGAUGAAGUUAUUGAUUGAUAAGGACACACUACAAAAUCUCAGUAAAAAUAUUCAACAAAGAAAUGUGACUGCUACUCGAGAGGAAAUAAUUUUAUUGAUAGAGGCUUUGGUUAAUUCGAAAGAGAAAGAAAAAGGUCUCGAUCACCAGAUAACCGACCUGUUAUUACAAAUCGACCUUGGACAAAGUUUAAACAAUGAGAUCACCACUCGUCUUUACAAAGAAGUAAUUAAAGAUCCAAAGCUUAUCCGAUUUUCCAGUCUUGUGCGUAUUAUUGCCACCGGUUUAAGUAAAAUGAGAGAAAUACCAAGUCCCCUCACAGAUGUUUUAUGGGAACAAUUUUUGUUAUUACCUGGGGAUCUCUCUGAUACGACAGAGAUGUCAUUGAAGCACAAUCUUAUUUACGUAAUAAUGAUAUUGGUUACACAAAAAACGCAAAUACCAAAGAAUGUAUUGGAAAAGUUAGCAAAUUUAUUAAUGAAUCAACAAGAUGAUAUACAAGUGAGAAUUGUCAUAGCCAAAAUUUUAUCAAAACAGAUUGAAAUAAAUUGUGACGCACUAGCUAUUCAAUUAUUAAAAAGUGCUGCAUUACUACCUCGAAAUAAUGAAGAUGAAGAUUUGUUAAAUAAAUUUGUCUUUCGUAGUUUGAAAGCAAAUGUUGAUGAAAAUUUUCUAAUUAAUUUUUACGAAGAAUUCCGAAAACGAGUAGUAGCAGCUGCCGUCGAAGACAAAGAAACAGUCAAAGAACUACAACAGUUGGAUACAUUUAUUCAAGGAAAAGAAAAUAACUUUAAAAAGUUUCAAUUACUAAAUGCGCUUAACAUUCAAUUUUUAAAUAAUCAAAAAAUUGACACAACAAUUUUUACACAAUUUAAUCCAAGUGAAUGGACAAGAUAA